AUGAAUAUUACGAGUGCAUAUAAUCGCUACAAAGAUAAGUGUGUUUAUCGGAGUCGAGCUGAGAGGCAUGACGAGUUCAUCAAUUGUGGGGAGCGAGAGCUCAUUAAUCAUGCAUGGAAGCCAGGCGAACACACGGAACUCACUGCAUGGAUUACCAAAACUCUGAGGGAAAUCGUCGACCGUUCAUUCUACGAAGACUGGAAUAAUGCAGUUCGACAGGAGAAACUUGAAGAGGAGGUUCGUCGCCUGGGUCUGCCACAUAAUCCACGUCUCGGUAGGCAGGUUGACAAUCGGAUUGCCUAUCUGCGCAGGGUGAAGAAUCUCAACGAAAUGAAGAAAAUCCAAGAUCAGGUGACGCCAAUGCCCAAUGGAGAUCUUGCAAGUGAAGGCGAGCCUAAAACUAAUGGUGUAUCGGACGUCACAGCACAGGCUGCAAUUCCGGCUUUGGAAAACCCUACCGAUUUACUGCAAAUGCUGAUGCAGAACGGCCGAUUCCCGGAGCUCAAUACCGACACUCAAGCUCAACUGAUGGCGCUCAUGAUGAGUGGAGCUGCUGCUCCGAUGAGGAUGGAAGACGGUAGUGGCAGGCAGGAUAUGCUGCCCAACCCGACAGCCAUUCUUCCAUCCAUCCUCGCUAAUCCGUUCCUCCACGCCGCAUCCUCAAUGCCCAACCUGCUGUCACUACCGAUCGAUAAUUCGAUCGAUAACACUCCCACUAUCCAUCAGAACGCUGAAUCGGGUGAUAUGGAGGAAGACGACGAUUGCAGUACAGAGGAUGGCCACCUGCAUAUCGAUGCAGAUCACUAG